AUGCUCUUCAAUUUCCUGUCAGGAGCACACGGUGUACCGUGGAAAUUUAUAUUUCUAUGCAUCUCAGCGCUGGUUAUGGUUCAUUACGUGUUGGUGGAUAUUCCGCCUAGUGAUGAGUCUUUACCAGAGACAUCAAAGUCAGUUGAAGCAACAGAUAUACUACCAAGUCCGACGCCUCCGAAACAUGCAGGCUCUGCAGGAACUUUCGAUGAAUUCAAGGCAAUGCUCGGUAUCUUUGGUGGAACGGAAACCUCGAAUUCAGAAGACGCGAGUCUCUCAGAGGAUACAAUGAGUUUAGGAACAGUAGGACCCGGUCAUAAGUUGAAGAAACCAUUCCUCGGAUCGAAGCAGGAUACUCGAGAUGAUGAAUAUGUCUCUGUUUGCAUGGCAGUUAAAGAUCAGCAACAAGACUUACCCGAAUUCUUCAUUCACCACUACUAUCAUCUUGGAAUAAAAAGAUUCUACAUCAUGGACGAUGGUUCUGAUCCACCUUUGUCGGAAAUGGAGGAUUUGGGUAUACCUCGAGAGCAUGUAACAUUCCAAUACUUCAACAAAUCAGAACAUACGUACUACAUGCAAGAACACGUCUACAAACUUUGUGUCGAAAAGUACCGGAGCAAUCACACUUGGAUGGCUUUCAUAGACGCCGAUGAAUAUCUGGAGAUGACUGGAAAAGAAAAUCUGAACGAGUUCCUAGAAUCUUAUGAGGAAGAUGAACACGUCGGGGCAGUAUAUGUAUCUUGGAUGACACAUUCCUCUGCUGGCCUACUAAGCAGACCCAAGUCUGUGCGCCAGGCCUACAUUGAUUGUGUAUGGGACGGAGAAGGACAUAAUGUGCUAGGUAAAACCAUUGCCAAAUUGUCACUUUAUGCUGGCCCAAACACCGUCCAUCAGGUCCGAUGUAAGGACGGAGCGAUAGUUGUUGAUGAAAACGGGAUCAAGGCACCUGUGAGACGAUAUUCGCCCACGAGAGAUCGAAUAGCACUGCAUCAUUAUGCGCUGAAGAGUCGAGAGGAAUAUCAAGAGAAAGUUGAUCGCGGGAAUGCUAUGAGUACACCGAAAAAUUGGGGAUUCUGGGAUAGCGUUGAAGGUAUGGCAGGUAUAGAAUGUCUUUCCAUGACAGAAUAUUAUCCAUGA